GUGAAUCUAGCUACUUGAUUUAUCAUGACAAAAACACAUCGCUCUUUUCUUACUAGAUUGUCUUUUGCGAUGACAUCACUAUUUUUCCAGGGGUGUAGUUUGCUUCUAAAGAAUUAGUCCAGCAUUGUUAAUCUUGAUCAUUAUUUUAACUUUUUGUUUUCUAUGUAUUCAGUCACUGUCACUCGAAUAGUAAGUAACACAUUAUGUGUAUCAGUAGAUCUAGAAGUAGUAUUGCAUUAAUCUUCAAGAAUCCGUGCUCUAUGGAUGCAGAGAAGGUAAAGCUUACCCUAACCAGAGAAUCGGCUUCCCCGGGUCCAAAUCCAAACUUUUUACUAAGUAGAAUUACAACUACUUAUCUAACAAGGAUGAAAAAGUGCUUGCUAAGUAGUACUACAACUCUUAGGCAGAUUGCCUAAUCAAUAGAUUCACAUCAUCAAGUACUUUAGUAUUACACCACCACAAGCAAUUCCUCUACUAGACCACCUUAGGUGUAUUAGUCUUAGUAUUUAAUACAGUAGAACAAGUAGGGUCUUCUUCAUCAAAAACAAAAUGGUGGCUGGUCCUGGAGGAGAGGACGACCUCAGCAUGCUGAGCAACACCUUAUGCGCCUUAAUGUGUAUUGUCU